CACGUGACACGGUCCGGUCUAAUGUUGUGAAAGCUGCAGGGAAGGAAGGACAGCACCAUGAUGAUGAGCCAAUGAAGCAGACCGGGGCGCGCUUUCUCCCUCCAAACCAGCCAUCAAUCCCGCAUCGAUCCCCGCCCUGUUUGUCCCAGAGCUCUGGGCAGACCUGCCCUAUUGCCGCCGCGACCUUCCUCGUCCUCCCUCCAGCCGACGCCACCGUGGGAGGCAGGCUUGGGCAGGAGAGCCAUGACAUCACCCCUCCUGCAUGCAAAGGCACAAAGGCGAGAAGCAGCUGCAGGAGGACGGUGAGGAUGAUGUUGCAGAGCUGGCCAAGGAGACCCGGCGUGGCUGCUGCUCACGCUGCUCUCGCUUUCCUUUUCCUUUUCCUCUUCCUCCUCCGCCUCUAACUAAGCCUCCGGCUCGCCGCCUGCUUCUCCCCCCGAUGCAGACGCCGGCCCUGGCUGCGCCCGUGCUCGUUGGGGGAACCGGGAUCCAGCGACGCCCUCGCCGCGCAGCAUGCCCUGGGGGGUUGGCUUCGCCUCGUCCAGGUCGUGCGUGGUGGAUCUCAGCCGGAACCAGAGCCUCUGGUGCGCGGGCUCCGAAGAGCGCUUCUCCUUUUAUGGGGAGAUCAUCGCUUUCCCUCUGCAGGAUUACGGCGGGGUCAUGGCCGGGCUGGGGUCCGAUUCGUGGUGGAAGAAAACCCUCUAUCUGACCGGGGGAGCCUUGCUCGCCGCCGCCGCCUACCUGCUCCACGAGCUCCUGGCCAUCAGGAAAGAGCAAGAGGUUGAUUCAAAAGAUGCUAUUAUACUGCAUCAGUUUUCAAGGCCAAACAAUGGUAUUCCGAGUUUAUCUCCUUUCUGUUUGAAAAUGGAGACUUACUUAAGGAUGGCUGAUUUGCCCUACCAGAACUACUUUGAUGGAAAACUUUCCCCUCAAGGGAAAAUGCCGUGGAUUGAAUACAAUUGCAAAAAAGUGUCCGGCACAGAAUUCAUUAUUGAUUUUCUGGAAGAGAAGCUUGGAGUCAAUUUAAACAAACAUCUUGGCCCGCAUGAAAGAGCUGUUUCUAGAGCUGUUACAAAAAUGGUGGAGGAGCACUUUUACUGGACCUUAGCAUAUUGCCAGUGGGUGGACAAUCUCCAUGAGACUCAGAAGAUGCUUUCCUUUACUGGUCCUUUUAGUGACCUGCUGAAGUGGAUUCUCUGCCAUAUAACGAAAGGAAUAGUGAAGCGGGAAAUGUACGGCCACGGCAUCGGCCGCUUCUCUGAGGAAGAGAUCUACAAGCUGAUGGAGAAAGACAUGCGCUCUCUGGCGGGUCUUCUGGGUGAUAAGAAGUACAUCAUGGGGCCCAAACUUUCCACUUUAGAUGCUACAGUCUUUGGACAUCUAGCACAGGCAAUGUGGACGCUGCCAGGAACUAGGCCGGAGAGACUAAUUAAAGGAGAACUGAUUAACCUUGCUAUGUACUGUGAGAGAAUAAGGAGGAAAUUUUGGCCAGAAUGGCACCAUGAUGAUGACAACACUCUGUAUGAGUCAGAAGAAAGCAGUGAAGCAAGUAAGACUCACCCGUUGCAGGACUUCAGUUUUUACUCAAGGACAGAAACAUUUGACGAUGAGGGAACCGAGAAUAGUUUUUCGCGAACACCUGACACCGAUUACACGGGACAUUCCCUCUUCGAUUCUGAUGUGGACAUGGAUGACUACACAGAUCAUGAACAAUGCAAGUGAUGUGUCUACAAAGCGCUUCUCCGUCUUUUAUCAGAAAUGCCACCACCUCCUGGGAAUCCUGCCAAUUGGCCCAGGUUCUAAAGAGACCCAAAUUGGUUGGGAUGUGAGACAAUGUUGCUUUAUGCCAUUCAUGUGGAUCUUUUCAGCAUUUUUAUUUUUUUUAGAACAUUCCACUGGAUUCUAGAGAAACCAUUUUUAAUUCUGUUUAACAAGGUGGUAUAGUUGACAAGGAAGGUAAUGUGUGGGGACGAGACCCCCCCCCUUUUUAAAGAAGAACAUUCCAGAAUGAUAUGCAGAAACCAUCCAUAGGCCAAAAGGAAGUAUUGAGAAAGGCUGAUGUUUGAGCUGAUUUCUUCCCAGAGACAGGCUUGGUGGAGGGAGGAAAGAGGGGUCAUUAGGACUUCAUUUCUCGUCUCUACAUAGAUUGUGGAAAUGGUUGACUGAAGUAAACACACUGAGGGAUUAUAACAUUAUCUCCACCCUGUGCCCCUGUGUCUUCCAUAAGUUUGGGUGUGCCAAGUGACUGCAUUUCCUCUGUGCACCCAUAUCGGGAAGGUUCAUCUGGUCCCCAGUUUCACAGAGAAACAGCCAACAGAGACAAAAAGAAUGAGGGGUAGUUGUUUUUGCAUUCAAAAUCCCACCAAUUGUUUCCCAUCUGACACAUCAGCUUGGCAAUUUAUUUAUUUAUAUUGUAACUUUUUUUUUUAAAGGGGUCAGUGCACCAAUUUUUCUCUUCAGCCUUAUGGAUAAAGCCCACUGCCAACAUUUCACCACACUUUUGUGUGACUGAGAAGCAGAAGCCAAGUUCAGGUUAUGCAGAUGGAGAGGUGAGCUAUGCACAGAGAAGCAGAACUGAUUUUUGAGGACUUGAAUUGUUGGAGGUCAAAAGAAGAGGUUUAGCCUUCACCCAAAUAUCUUCCUUUACACUUAAAAAAACACAACCACCCUUUCUCUACUACAUAAAUGAAUACUUGGUUUUCUCUCCUCUCCAUCUCUGAAUGAGAGGUCUAUUUCUCACUAGCUAGGAUCCUACAGUGUGUUGCAGCUUUCACUGAUGUCCUCCAGGUAUACACGUCUUCCUUACACACACAACAAUAGGCUUUCUGCUAGUACUUAAUAAUCUUCCCAAGGAGCUUUUAGCAGCUCUUAGGUGGAGCAUGCCACAAACAUCUAACAUCCAGAACAUGGUGGUGUGCUGCAGAUGUUUGCAAAGGCAACUGAUUUUAUUACAGGACAGGAUUCUGAAAGGAAAGGCACUUGGGGCACCAGCUUCUGGGAUUAUAUAUAUAAGUAUUUAUACUCCCCUGUUCAACCCUAAAUGAAUUUCCAGAGCUCUGACUCCAGCUGAGUCCUGCACUUGGAGCAGUCUGUCUGUCAGCAAGAUGUAUUCGAAGCUACUCUUUUGCCCAUUAUUAACCAUCUCCCACUUCUUGUGGCUCCAUCAGUGUUUGGGUCUUGAUGUUAAACAAUUGUCAGUGUAUAAGCAAACUAAUGGAGAUGGAAAGAAAAUGGUUUCUCUCUUUUCUCCCCACCCAAAGAGAAUGCAACCUUACACAGACUGGGCUACUGUAGGGAAGGUAUAUUGGAAUAUGCAGACUAAUUUUUAUCGUUUUCAGGGUGCUUUGGGGUUCCCAUUGAGCCAGAUAACUUGAGCUAUAUGAUUCAGCCCCAAAUGCAUAUCCAGAUGUAAUUAUAUCCAUCUUCAUAGUGAGCUGCUCAGCCAGGAUACAAGUGUCCUUGCAACAGGAAGCAAGAUAUGAAACCUCCAGAGAUAAACUGGGAUACACUGAAUCAGCGUGCCUGGUCUAACGAAUAUGUACUUAUCAUAGAUCUUCUAAUUUUCUGGUUCCUGGAAUUUUCUUAGUUGCUAUGUGGCCUAUUCCUUCUUUGAAAUGUAGUUUAUGAGAACAGUAGCUACUCUCAUUUUCCAUAAAAAAAAUGUUCAUAGGCUAUCCUCUUUAAGGUCCCAACACUUAGCUGAUGCCUUUCUACAAAGAGAAACAAAAACACUAUGGAAUGUUUGAUGGGAGGUUAACAAGGCCUCUGCUUUACUUUUGCUGGUUCCAAAUAUGCCUGAAAAGACAGAGAAGUUGGUAGCAGCAGCAAAAAUUCAUUGUGCCUUGUCUGUAACGAUGAUAUUUGGUGAUGGAUGCCAACUGAGGCCUUAAGUCUUGUGAGCUAGGGAAAUCUUGUUGACCUCUCGGCUUCCUCUGAACUUCUGUGGCUUUCCAAAGGACCAGACACCCAACUAAACACAGGGUUGAAUGUCUUUAUUUGUAUUUAUUUAUUCCCAUAUCCUGCUCUUCUUCUUCUUCGUUUUAACUGCUCCCAGUGUGGCUUCCAAUCCAUAUAAAAACAGUCCAACUUAAAAUCCUCAUCAGUACAAAUCACUCCCCAAGUGUACCAUGGUGGCUGGUGCUGAAAACCACUUAAUAAAUCCCCAGAUAAGCAGAAGAAUACCAUGAUGGUUGAUGGUAUUGAAAGGUGCUUUGAGCCCCUUCUGGAACAGCUGGGGCUGGAGUUGUCUCUGCCAAGUUUUUAGUGGCUUGGAAGUGUCUGAAUGUGAAUGGGGCAGGAUUUUCUAGACGGUGCAUGUGAUCACUCUGCUCCUAAGCUCCAUUUGCUCUGUUUGUUCAUAUUUAUUAAUAUAUUGGUUGCUUUUCUGUGUCAAAACACACUCAAACAACUUAACACUAUGACAUAUAGAUAAUGUAAAAUUAUUGAAACCUAUACUUGGAUAAACAUAGAUGGCUAGAUAUGUUAACAAUUAAAAAGCAAAGCAAGAACUUGCAACAACAAUAAAAUGCACCAACAUCCAUAAAACCAAGCUCUGUAAGUAAUCUUAAUUGGGGAGUGCUUUCAGGUCCCCACCCCACUGUUGCGCUUUCCACAGCAGACCACAGGGAAUCACAGAAGUGCUUCACAGAGAUAACAGUGGUUUCCACCCCUGCAACAAAAACAUCUCAAACAACCACAUACUUUCUGGUCUCCAAAAUCAUAGCACUUUGGGCAUGCCCUUAGAAAGCAUAUUCAAUAUGAUUGUCUCCUCUUUUGAAUAUAGGGUCAUACAAAGAUUGUACAUUCUUCUCUUUAAUGGCUUGAAUGAGAAAUCACUGCACUGGUGCAAAUGUGUUUGAAAAUAAUUGGACCUGUGUUUGGGUUGUGUCCAGUUGUGUUUCUCAGUUGAUGGUCAGACUCCCAUCAGUGGAAUGGAGAGGGAAGCAAUUUUGGGUCAUUCUGCCUCUCACUGCACCCCCUCCUAAUAUUGUGUAAAUGUAUUUGAGGUGUUGGUGCUAACGUAUAAGUCCCUAUACGGCUCAGGUCCAGGUUAGUUGGGAGACUGCUUUAUCUCUUAUACACCCAAUAGACAGGGGCCUCCCCUCCCCUUCUUCUGCUUACUGGGAUCACACACCUGCCAGGGUGGCUUCCAACUAGAUCUUGCAGAACUUUUGUGAGAUCUCACCAGAAACCACCACUGUGCAACCCUGGUGGCAGAAGUGGGCAAGGGCGCCCAUGGGGACAGCGCUAGGAAUGGAUUCCACCACCCAAAGCAGCUGCUUCAGUUGGCCUCAUGAGCAGACACUUCCAGUAGAUCAUUGUGGUCUGCUGGAGAGUUUCUUCAGCAAGCUCCCAAGAUCGCAGAAGCCUGCUCUGCACUAUCUCAAAGCAAGGCUUUUUGUGUGCCUGUCCCUGUUCUGUGGGAUAGCAUUCCUGUCAAGUUACUACCUGCACUUUCUGGGAAAUAGUUAAGGACAUUUUUUGUCCCAACAGGGUUUCAAAGCUGGAUAAAUGGGUCUUUACCACAAGUGUCCAUUGUUUGGGUUUUAGUCUUGUUUAAUGUACCUGUUGUCUUUGUGUUUUUAACUGGUUUUAAGGAUCUCUUGUGUAAAUCGCCUUGAGAUGCUGGUUUAGAAGCUGAUUAACAAAUUAAUUGGAAUAUCGAUGAUGAUAAUGAUAGUAAUAUAUCUUCUUCAUAGUGUUGGUGGAGCUUCUAGCACAAUUUUGGAUGACUGCACAAGGGGUGUUAUAAAAAGGAGGUUGAAUUGCUUCUCUCUCCAUUCUGCAAGCCUUCCCAUCACCUGAGCAAUACUGUUGGGUACAACUCUAAGAUGGCUUCGUUUGUUUGCCUGUGAAAAAAUUACUUGAACCUUUUAAACAGUUUCUUUUCCUUCUUUCUGUCUAUCCAAAGAAGCAGCCUUUGGAAACCUUGCAAGGAAGCUACAAAGGACAUGGUGUUAUGUCUGGAACCCAUGAUAUUUUUUAGCUGCAGGGUUUUCUGUCCCCCCCCCCCCAGAAAUGUGUGAAUGUAUUUAUCACAUUGUAUGCCUUUUCUUUCUUAGGAACAACUCAGGUUAUUUGGAAGAAGCUAAGUAGCCUGUGUUCUCCCCUUGGUGAGGCCAAUUGAGUUGCUUGAGUUCAAACUGGAUAAGGCAACUAUGCAUGGACACGCAAACCUUUUGGAUACCAUAAGUAUAUUGAUUUCUAAGAUAUAUAGUUGAAGAUCUUGCUUCUAUUGAAGAAAUAUAGUUACUCCCUUUGCAAAAGAUGUCUGGCAAUGACUGUGACCCUAUAAAAAGUAUUGAAAUUAAAGAGCCAGAUCAUAUUGUAAGUUGUGGUGCUAGGAGAUUGAUUGUUUUUUUGUUUGUUUGUUUUUAAAAAAACAAUUUGAAAUUACUUUUUGGUUAGAUGAGGCAGUACCACACAGAAAUGGGAUACAUGCAAGAUAAGGUUUCAGAUAUCCCUGUUCUUUCCAAGGGAAAAUGUAUUCCACACUUAUACAAAUAGCCAGUUUUUUAAAAAGCUGUUUCUCUGAGAGACAGUAAUGGGUGCAGUCCAAUAAUCUGGUAAGCCAAACCUGGAGAGACUACUUGGCAAAAUAUCAACUAGCUUGCUGUAUAGAUGCACAGUUUUCUUUGAAAAAUGUGAGUAUUCAAAUGCAUCAGGAAAUUUGACAGUUAGGUUUGUCAAAUUGUACAAGUUACAUUGCACCCGAUGACUUCUUCCUUUCUUAAUUUUUGCUGCUUUUUUUGUUAGCACAGAAUGAACAUUGUGGUUGUCAAGUGCCCCCCUUCUCUCUUCAUGGGCCACCAAGACUGCCAAUUUGAGCAUUCCACUCUUGACACCUGUAUCAAGUGGGUAUAGGACAACCUUAACAUUCAAUUCCUCACCCUUCCCUCUGCCACAAAUAGGAAACGAUCUUAAGAAGCAGAUAUGCAUUUGGACCUAAGCAAGCGCAUAUUGCCAAUUUCAGCAGAAGGUGUUUACCCAAAGUUAACUAAUGUGAUUGAGCAACAGCAUGUAUUUCAUGUGUCCUCAUUUCCUUAGAUGUAGCAGAUUGUGGGGGAACAUGCUGUACCAGACAAAAGCAAGACCAGGCAUGCAAGCAGGAGGUCUCAAUGUAUACCUUACUUGUAUCUCUAGUUGACAACCAGUUUGUAGAUUUGUUUGUACUCCACAGAGACAAAAGGGAAAGAUGUGCAGCAUUUAAGAGGUGGCUGUCAUUGAUGGGCCACUACAGGUGAAUACCUAUCUUCUGCUGGUGAAUGAAUCAGUAGAUCAUACAAGCAUAACAUAUUAUUCACCAAAGUGAACAUGGACCUUUAAGGAGUACCUGGGACUACAUAGCAUGGGGUUGUCAACUAAUUGGCAGGCCACAAUACAUGCUCCAUGUUCAGCCUGGGUGGAGUACCAGUUGUGCUGGCCUGGCUAGAUCUUUCACUGAUGAGUCAAUGUUUCAGUUUUGAUACAUUGAAAUGGAUAGUAUAUAACAGGUGCCAUGCUUUCUUUUAUUUCCCUAAAAAUGUCUGAGCUAUUUUGUGUGUGUGUGUGUGUUGGGGUGUGUGUGUGCAGCAGCUAGUCUGCUAUGCCCCCCAAUCAUAACCUUCAGAAGAAGAAGACAGAAUAUUUAUGGCGCCAGGCUUUGAUGAAAAGAGUUGACAUGACUGGGAUAGGAAGGAAGCAGGAUUUUAAAUGGUUUUUGUUUUGUUUUGUUUUUGCCUUGGUGGUGGAAAUGUGUGCAGACCUCUGGCUUGACAGGUUUGAAGGUUUGUGCCGGAGGGUUUCCCUUUGUGUUUUUUUGUUGCUGAUAUUUUGUCAGUGAUACAAUAUGCCUCUCUUGCUAUUCUUUGAUUUUGGCAUCUAGAAGAUGAGUGCUGUGAUUGUGUACUGAGCAGGAGAUAUGAAAUGCAAUGUGUUUCAUGUGUUACUUACUGCUCAGCUUAUAUGGUGCUACCUGCAGAAGUUGUUUUGGCAAGGGAGGGGGAUGUAAAUUAAUAAAUUAGCCCCGUUCUUCAAGCUCAGAAGAGAAAAAGGCCACAUGUGAUGUGGUCUAUAGGUGGUUGCUGUUGGCUAUACAUGGAUGUGACUUGCCUGAUACAAACUGGUGGGCCAAAUGGGAAUGUCUUGACAAGCCAGAUUUGGCUCAGGAGCCAGAGCUUCCUCACUCUGAUCUAAAGCAUGGGUCACCUUCAGAUAUUUCUGGACUAUGAGUCUCAUUCUCCCUGACCAUUGGCUAUGUGGGUUGGGACUGAUGGAAGUUGUAGCCAGCAACAUCUGGAGUGCUACAGCUUAGCCAUCCCUGGCCUAAAGAGAGAGUGUGUACACUGGCCCCUGGACAUAGUUAAAUAUAUAUUUUAGCAAAUGGCGGCACAUUUAUUUAACAAUUUAUAGACCUCUUAAUACCCCUCGAUAGUAUAAAAUAUAAGAAAAUACCAAUAAGUUCAACAGACCUUAAAAGCAAGUAGCCAUCAUAAAAUUAUCAUAAUAUAGAUUAAGAUCAACUGCAUUUGAGGACAAAUAUACAUAAUGAAAUCAUAUGUUUGUGUAGGUUUGCCUGAAUACAAGUUUUUAACAGGCAUGGAAAACACUACAAAUGAAGGCACAAAGAAGCUUAGUUGCAACAGAAUGACUGGAGUUUGUUACCAUGUAGCUUUCUUUUCUCAGUUUGCAAAUGAUCAUUGUAUCAUCUGACCUUGAAACUGGUGUUGCCAUUCAUGUUGCAUAAUAUGUAUGGUUAAGGGAAACUUCACUGCAGGCUAUGCAAUUCCAAUGGCAUGAAAUAAACACGAGAGUGGGAAAUUAACAUGGUACUGCAUAUGCACAUUCUGUCUCCAGACAUCUUGCUACACAAAUUGCAUCUUAUAUCUGGUCCAGCAUAUGUAUAUUACAAAUGAGUGGAUCCCUGAUGGAGUAGUACCAUGUUAUCUGUUCUGUAUAUGUUCACUGGUAAGUCAAGACUUUCUGGUAAUUAGCAGGAUUUGGGUUGCUGUUGCUGUUCAGUUGCUAUUGUUUUUACACUCAUUAAAAAGAUGAAGGGUUCA